AGAUAGCUAUCAUGAAUCAGAGGAGAAGGAAGAAGAAUCUCCAAGUCCCAUGUUAAACCUCAGUGUCUUUGCUUGGUUAGAAAACUGGAAGGAAUUAAAGUCGAAGUCUCUGUCUCAGGCUUUUACUUAAGUGAGCCUUUUGAUGCACAGGCUGCCUGGGUACUCUACCCUCACCGAGGCAUUCAUAGAGAUUCUAAAUUCUAGAGGGCAUGGGAACUGUCCCAGAGAACAACACCAGGGACUACGCGUUAACUGAAGUUAGAAUUGAUAACAACGUUUCAGUGUCUUCCUUCGGGGGCAAUGCAGUGAGAGCCAGCUGUCACUCAACAUAUACAGAGUCUGUAUGGUAGCUGCACAAGAGGGUUAUGGGACAGAGAGCUUGAUGAGUUCCUCUACAUUGACUUGUCAGCUGUGACCUCUCUGAGGAUGUGAUCUCAGCUGCCAUCUGAAAGGCAAGAAGGAGCCAACAUGUGAAAAUUUGUGGAAAGGGAACAUCUGGUACAAGAUCUUAAGAUUACACGGACUAUUUGUUUCCUAAUCCUUCUUAAUCUCUCUGGCGUGUAUUUCUUAAAACUUGAAGAGGGCACACUCCUUUGGAAAGAAGGAAAAUUGCUUAGGACAGAUAUUAGUAAACAACUCUUUCCUAUGGACCUUUGAUGUCUUGUGAAAGUAGCAAUUAUAAACGGACUCUAGUGAAGCUGUUUAUUCCAGCAAUGCACCUUCUUGAUUUUUAAGGCUUUCCCUCAUCAGGCUGACGGUGGCUCACUUCACACAUACCACUCAAGACCUCUGUGCAGUAUAAAAUAGAAGAUCAAAAGCAGGCUUUUCAUAAUGAGCGACUCUUCUCUCAUUUGAAGGGUUGAAUCUUUUCUGAAAAAGUUUGGUAAGGCCAGGCAUUUGAACACUCAGUCACAUGCAGCAGAACCAGGCACAUGGAGGACAGCUGACUCCACAGAACCAGGGCCUUGGGCUUUAAAUGAGCUUUGCCUGCAUGGAUGCAGCCUGCCAGCCCACCCAACAGUUUUGCAAUGGAACGAAUAUGGUUGCUGUUGCUUCUAACAAUUGGAGUGCUUCUGGGGUCUGCUCAGUUUAAUGGCUACAACUGUGAUGCCAACCUCCACAGUAGAUUUCCUGCUGAAAGAGACAUCAGUGUUUACUGUGGGGUGCAGGCCAUUACAAUGAAGAUUAAUUUUUGCACCGUGCUGUUCUCGGGUUAUUCUGAAACCGAUCUGGCACUGAAUGGAAGGCAUGGAGACUCCCACUGCAGGGGGUUCAUCAAUAACAACACCUUCCCCGCAGUGGUCAUUUUCAUCAUCAAUCUCAGCACCUUGGAGGGCUGUGGAAACAACUUAGUGGUAUCCACAAUUCCUGGAGUCAGUGCUUAUGGAAAUACAACUUCAGUACAAAUAGGAAAUAUUUCGGGAUACAUUGAUACUCCAGACCCACCAACAAUCAUCAGCUAUCUACCUGGGCUUCUUUACAAAUUUAGUUGUAGUUACCCACUGGAAUACCUGGUUAAUAAUACCCAGCUUGCCUCGUCCUCAGCGGCUAUUUCUGUGAGAGAGAACAAUGGUACAUUUGUCAGCACUUUGAAUCUGCUCCUUUAUAAUGAUUCAACCUACAGUCAGCAGUUAAUUAUCCCAAGUAUAGGAUUACCUUUGAAAACCAAAGUAUUUGCAGCUGUACAAGCCACUAAUCUGGAUGGCAGAUGGAAUGUCUUAAUGGAUUAUUGCUACACAACCCCAUCAGGGAACCCAAAUGAUGAUAUUCGAUAUGAUCUCUUCCUUAGCUGUGACAAAGAUCCUCAGACCACCGUCAUUGAAAAUGGCAGAAGCCAGCAGGGCCGGUUUUCCUUUGAAGUGUUCCGAUUUGUGAAACACAAGAAUCAGAAAAUGUCCACCGUCUUCCUGCACUGUGUUACCAAGCUCUGCAGAGCUGAUGACUGCCCCUUCCUUAUGCCUAUUUGCGGCCACAGAGAAAGGAGGGAUGCGGGGAGGAGGACCACUUGGAGCCCCCCCAGCACGUCUGGAAACGCCGUCCUCUCUGCUGGUCCCAUCAUUACUCGGAGUGACGAGACUCCAACCAACAAUUCACAGCUUGGCUCUCCAAAUGAACCUCCUUUCCAGCUGAAUGCUGUCACCAGUGCACUGAUAUCGGGAAUGGUCAUUCUGGGAGUCAUGAGCUUUUCUCUUCUCCUGUGCUCACUGGCCCUUCUACAAAGGAAGACACCCACCAAUUUGGUGUUGAAUGGCAUAAGAAACCCAGUCUUUGAUUGACUGUAAUGGUCCCUCCUCUUGAAAGAAGGAUUCACUGACCAUAGCAUGGGUGACUGGUCAGUGUUUCAUCCAAAUUGAAUGCCAGCCAGCAUUUGAUAUUUGUAGGUUUGAUAGGUUUCACAGUGUAGCUUGUUAGCCUAAUGAUAGCAAAAGAAUUGUGGUGAUAUUGUUCUUGUCACUAUGUAUGUGGCCAGCUCUUUUUGUUUGGCACCAGUGGGUAUAAUGAGAAGAAGCAAACAAUAUUCAGGACUUAGAUCAUACAGGAUCAGUCAUAUUUCAUUUUAUUUUAAUUUUCUUUUGAUUAAUGGUUGUUAUAGAGAUAAAAGGUAGGCAUAGAAAAAAGUACAUUUGUUGCAUUUUCCCCCCUAAGCAUUAAAACCCAAUGUGAUGGCAUUUAGAUUUGUGUAUGUGGUCCUAAAAUGAAAGUUCCUUUUUUGUUUUAUUCCAGAUAAUUCCAGCUUGGGGAUAUGUUUUAAUUGGACUGGCCAAUGUGGACACCUGAGAUUUAAUUACUCAUUCUAUAACCUGUGUUUUUGGCUGAUUUCCAUGUCUGAUGACAUUCAUUAAAAAAAAAAAAAAAACAAAACACCAACAACAAAACAACAAACUCUUGGGAAAUGUAGCUUAACCUAGAGCAUCUACUUGUGUAGCAAACAGUAAAAAUAGUCAUUAAUCUCUAAAGGAUACUAAGUGACCCUAGAACAUUAUUCAUUUGGUUAGAAAUGAAUGUGAUCAGUUUUCUCCUGGUUCAAGUGAGAACAUCAGCACAUGUUGACUCUCCUCCCAGGUAAACAACUCAGCUGCUUUUGCAGCUGUGUUUCCAGCAGUGAGGCAAAGGCAAAGAUCAUUCUUCAUUCAGGAGCCAUUACAGGAGAAAACAAACCAUAGUUGUGGGAGAAGACACUGUCCCCACACAUAAGUACAGUGUUCCCAUGGGGGAAUUUAAGAACCUAGUUUCCUUUUCUCCCCCCGUGACAACGAGGAAACUGGGUAAGUUCGUUUUGCAGAACAUUGUUGGAGUCUCUGAAAAAAUGUCCUUUUCCCACAAAUUUCUGAUGCUGGCUAAACAAAGAAUCUGGAGGAGCCCUACUUUCUAAGGUGUCUUCUUGAAAAUGUCAUGAUUGCCACGGAAUAAACAGUAUUUUCCUAUAAUAAUAAACUGCAAGAAGCAUGUGAUCCUUUAUCAGUUUUGUAAAAAAAAAAAAAAAGUUUCAAAGCCAAGGUUUAAGCAGCCUAUGUUCUUAUAAAAAAAAAAAAAUCAACCUUCUGUUUGUUCAGUCUAUCUACACAACUGAAUAGAAGAAUUCAGUGACAAACAUCAAAACCUAGCAUGUGUGGCUACCAGAAGUGCUAUGCUAACUAUUACAACUGCUGUAGAGACUAAUUUCUAUUCAAUAUUUGUGACCCAUUAUUCAGAACUUAAUUUACUAUACUAUAUGCAAAUCAUUAUGCAAUCUUAAAUUUGUUUCAAAUGAAGUAGUUAUGCUCUGAAGUUAAUAAUUAAAUCAAUCACCAAAUCAAAAAACACCUUUUCUCCAAUUUGCCUGAACAGAUCAGAAGAAAGUGUUUCUAUUAUGAUAAUUAGCCAUAUGAUUGCCUCACCUCUCUUUUUCAAGGUGUGGAUACAGUCAAAGUGAAAUGGGAUCUGGAAAGUCUUUGGAUAAUUUAUUUGAUAUUAAAAAGUAACACUUAAAAAGCCAACCUCUUCUUCCCUGUGUUACUUCAAAAUCACUUUGAAGUGACCAUUCUGAACUUUUAUCUGUAUUAAAAUUUUGUUUUCUACUUUAAGGGGAAAAAAAUCCUACAGAAAAAAAAAAAAGGAAAGACCAUGCAUGCUACCUA